UGUAACCACCAAACUGGUACAGUGAGACACAAAAUGCGUGUGAUAUUGCCCAAAUUUCUCACGAGUAAAGAUACUACAACAUACUCCACUGAGCGAUCUGAGCACUUUAAGCCAUGCAAAGACAAGGAUCUUGCAUAUUGUCUCAAUGAAGGGGAAUGCUUUGUGAUUGAAACCUUAACAGGAUCACAUAAACACUGCCGGUGCAAAGAGGGCUACCAAGGAGUCCGCUGUGACCAAUUUUUGCCGAAAACCGACUCAAUCUUGUCAGAUCCAACAGACCAUUUAGGAAUCGAAUUCAUGGAGAGCGAAGAAGUGUACCAGCGCCAGGUGCUGUCUAUUUCCUGUAUCGUCUUUGGCAUAGUCGUAGUGGGCAUGCUUUGUGCAGCAUUCUACUUCAAAACAAAGAAACAAACAAAGCAAAUUCAUGAACAGCUGAAAGAAACACAGAAUAGGAAAACCUACAGCCUAAAUGCUUCCAGCAUGAUGGCAAAGUCAGAGUGUAUGGCACAAAGCCGAGUCCAGCUGCAAAAUUACUCAAAACCAGAUAGGCAUCCUGGGCCUGUUCUGGACAAAGUUAUGGAGUCUAGCUUUUCAGGCCCUCAGUCUUUCCCAGAGGCCUUGUCUCCUGACAGAGGAACCCAGCCCGUCAAGCAACAUAGAAGUCUCUCUUCAUGCUGCAGCCCAGGACAGAAAAGUGGGAUGCUACAUAGAAAUGCCUUUCGGAGGACUCCUCCCUUACCUCGGGGUAGGUUCAAUGGAAUUACAGGACCAGCAUAUCAACAGCUAGAAGAGUCAAGGAUCACAGACCAGGACACAAUGCCUUGUCAUGGGUAUUCAUCCAGUGGUUUAAAAACUCCUCAGAAUACUCCAAUAAAUAUGCAACUGCCUUCAAGAGAAACAACCCCUUAUUUUAAUAACGUGGAUCAGAAGGACUUGGUCGGAUAUUCAUCUUCAAGGGCCAACUCAGUUCCCAUCAUCCCGUCUGUGGGCUUGGACGAAGCCUGCAUGCAAAUGCAAAAUGUUUCUGAAGUAACAGGCAUCAAAUGGUGCAAAAACUCCUAUUCAGCUGAACUUGUCAAUGUGAGUUCUCCAGUCAGUAAUUGUCUUAUAGCAGAACAACACGAAGUAAAAAUAUUGCUAGAAACUGUGCAGGAGCAGAUUCGGAUUCUGACCGACGCGAGGAGGUCAGAGGACUACGAACUGGCGAGCGUAGAAGCAGAGAGCAGCGUGAGUGAAAACACAGCGUUUCUGCCCAUGAGCCCCAUGGCCAAGUCAGAACGAGAGGCACAAUUUGUCUUAAAAAGUGAAACGCAAAGAGACUCAAUAUUGACCAAGUGACUUUGUGUGGGGGUUGUGGGAGGGGAAACGAGAUCUGUGCAUUUGAUGCUUUGCUAAACAGGAAAGGAGGAAAUUAAAUACAAAUUAUUUAUAUGCAUUAAUUUAAGAGCAUCUACUUAGAAGAAACCAAAUAGUCAAUCGCCCUCAUAUCAUAGUGUUUUUUAACAAAAUAUUUUUUUAAGGGAAAGAAAAGUUCCAGGAGGGAUAAGGCAUACAUCAGGUGCUUUCUAGGCAGGAUAUACAUACAGUUUCAGUUACAGAGCAUUUUAACACUGUCCUGUUUGGCUGUCAGAAGGCUUCGGCUAUGCAUCCUUUCUUCAGUAACGGCCAAGACCUUUCUUAGGUUCAUUCCUGAUUUCAGGGCAGUGCUGCAGCGCGUGCUGGCAGGGGCGCAGGUCCCGUAACCCCAGCACAGGGCUGGUCCCCUCUCCCCCUCUCCUCUUGGCUCCAGGUUCAUCCCGAGAGCAAACACAAACAGCUACUUCGUGGCACCUACUGUGGAGUGACCACCAGUCCCUAACUGAGCUAGACUCUCUACUUUACUUGAGUAUGUCAGUCAGCUUAAGAAGGUCAGCGGAAACGUCUAGGAGCUUCAGGUCAGGCCAAGCGUGGAGUGCGAUUGGGGCCUCUGGAGAUGCAGUGGCCAGGAGCCAGUGGCUGCCCCGUCUUCUUCUGAGCUUUGCCUAUCAGAGCUGCCUCGGUGGAGGAAGAACAAGAGAAACAAAGUGCAAAAGUGUGUGCUGCGGCAGGAUGGGUUGGUUUCUUUUGUAAGAGCGGGAAUGUAAACUCCAUUGUUCUUACCAACCCCUCAACAUUUCUAAAUUGUUAUACUUCAAAGGCAUUUGUAAGCUCUCAAGGAGCACUUCUGAGUGUGUGUGUAUUUUUUUUACCUUAUUUUUUUAUUAUUGAUUGUUCAGAGAUGAAUCAGGGAGGUUCAGUAUGAUCAAAGGCCGGCCGGUGAGUGUUCAUGCUGUCCUAAUUUGCUCCCGCUUUCAGUUCCUCGGUCACUUUAAUUAAUCGUGGCUUAGGCUUGUGAACUUUAAAGCUCCAGUCCUGCAGAUGGUACGGUAUGGGCAGACCUGUGAUCAUGCACACAGCUGAUUCGGAUGGGGCUAUACAUGAGCAGAUGGUUUCCACCAAAUCAAUCCCUGCUGGGGAUCAAGGCCUUAGAGAAGAAAUGUCGUUUCCUGGUUGCAGUAUCCCAAUUGCAUUAUAACCAUUUUUUGCAUUUGCUUUUGAGUCCCUCUUCUCCCCAGUAAAUUGUAACAUAACAUGCCAACAACACCAUGAAUUGGGUUCAGUGGCCCACACAUUGCAGUUUUUAUUAGCAUUAAAAUAUCUGCUUAUUUGUGGAGAAAAAGAAGAUGAACUAUAAUAAAUAAUUACCAAAUAGCCUUCCCUGGUUAAUGUCAGAAGAUUGAUUUUAAAACAAUUACCGUAUAUACAGAUUGUACUAAAAUAUUCCUUUGCAGCAAAUUAAUUGUUAAAUUUAUUAGAUGUGCCCCAGACUUUCCAGUUCACAAGUCUCAAGAUUUCCCAAAAUAGCACAAUUGAUCACACAGUGCUGUUGUAUGUUUAGUCAGAAUAAAGCAAUAUUUUAACCUCUGUCAAGUAAAUUUCAAAAAGAAAUGCUGAAGGUGUAUGUCAUUUAUUUUGUGCCUAGUUAAGGCAUUAAAAAAAUUCCUAUUCACAAGUCUUCAUUCAGCAAGUCUUAUUUUGGGUUCCUUUUGUUUUAUUUUGGUUUGGUUGUUGUUUGUUUGUUUUGUUUAUGUGUGUGUGUGCUUUUUGUUUGUUUUGUUUUGUUUUUAAGAUAAAAGUUGAUAAAAUUGUCUUGUUUACAAAACUUUCUAUGGCUGUAAUCUUUGCUGUGUGUUUUCAAUAAAAGUGUAUUUGAGGGCAAGCUAUGCUUUAUGCCCCAGGGUGGAGCAUGCUUCAUUCAGACUCCCUUCCUCAAAGCUACAGAGCUUUUCCUGUAGCAGUAAGAUGAGACUUUAGCCAGGGAUCGGUCUCUCCAUGACAUAGUUCUGCACUAUGUGGUGGCUGGGCACAAUCUCAUUGAGCAUGAGCUGAGCUGCCUGCGGUCAGCAUGGCACCAAGCCCACACCAAAUAAACCCUCUGAAAAAUAAGGUGUGUUAGGUGGGGCUCAAUUUCACAUCAGUACGUUUGCGUGACUUUUCUGGUAGCUGUUUGCAUCUUGCCAGCUCAGAGCAUGAGCAAAGUGAGCUUGCAUCUGCCCAAAAGCCCUGUCAAUACCUGCAUUUUACAAAAUGGCUACUGUGUAAAGCUCUGAGUCAAUAAUCUGUGAAGCGUGCUCACAAUUAGAUAAUUGUUCACCAUUAACUUCUUCAAGAGAUGGUCUCUCUGCAGUAACGUGCAGAAUCCUGCCCAAAUAGCUGUUUCAAUGCUAAAUCUUUUCAAUCCAACUGUAAGGCCUACCUGCUCCCAAAUCCUAGCAAACUGUGCAAUCUCACCUGUGGCAAUGUAUUGGAAACACACUGCAAGAUUUCUGUUGAAGAAAGAACUAUAUCAUAAGCAAUGCCUUUAUUGAGAGAAUGUGUUCACUCAGCACCCCCAAAAGACCCACAAGGAGGGUAAGAGCAAUGUAUUAAAGACAAUAAAAUGUUUGAUUGAAUGACAGAUGAAGAUCUGAAAUGGUGAGGAUAUCUUCAGUUCAUGUUAGAGAUGCGAUCUUGUAUUCAGCAAAGGAUGUGUGACUGUUAUAUGUUAACUGUUCUAUUCAGUUUUCAGCAUGUUUGAAUAGAGAGAUGUUAAUAUUAACCAUAUGACAGACUAGCGUAUUAUUUGUUAAGAGUAUCAUUUCAGAUCCUGUUGAAACUGUCAUGGUUUACAGAGGAAAAGAAAAAGGUUUUUAAACAUCUAAAUAGGUAGCCUUGAUGUGAAGUGUGUUUCUCUAAUGCAACUGUUUUCCCCCAUGGACCCUCCUACUUUACAGUGAAUGGGACAACAUUUUCUCUGAGGUCUGCCAAUUAGUUUCGUAGAGGGCACAAAAGAUUCCUUAAAGUUGCACUGAAACAGCUGAAAUGGUAGGGCAAAUUUUGCUUUACUUCUGAACCUUAUGGUCCCAUUGAACUCAGCAGAUCAGAAGGGAUGUAUGAGUGUGAAACGUAGUUUAUUCCUAAAAUUGCAUCUGUUCCUAGCCUUGGAAACAGACUGUAAUCUGCCUAAAAGAGGCUCUGAACUCCAUCAUUUACCUGUAACAUAAUUAAAAAUUAUAUCUGACCUAUGAAGUUCAAGUGUAGUCUGGUGUGAAAACUCACACACACAGUGCUACACUCGAGUAAACUGGGAGAACAGCUAAUUAAAUGGAGUUGAACUUUCUCUGAACUGAGCAGAUGAAGCCUGCAUCUAUUCAGUGUAAUGCUGGGGAGCAGAAUUAUGAGAGCAAUGUUUUGAUUUUUUCUUCUUCUUCUUCAAAACAGUCCAAAAUAACCCUAAAAAGCAGUAGAACAAUCCCAACAUUUGAAGUAGGAAAUGUGGGUGAGUAUGGGCACAUCUCAUGUCAUCAAACACUGAAAAACUCUUCAGUACAUCCGUAUUACCCAAAGCUGAAAUGUUUUAAUUCUUGAGGGAUCACAUUUAGGUAAACAAACAUACCAGUGAAGAAAGCUCUUCCACAUGCUUUUGGUAUCUAGUCACCUAGCCAAGCUCUCAGCUGCGGCACUCAGUGCUGAUACAUUAAGGACAUAUUAGUCAUGUCCCAAGUCUCUCCUACUCGAUGUCCAAUUUAGUGUCCUGAAGCUUAGUAGCCUAUCACAAGGUGCAGGGACUUUACAUGGAUUUCUGGAGCUGUCUUCAUUCUGCAUAUGAAAAUCAGACUCAUGGCAGUGUGCAAACACCCUCACUACACGCAGUACAAGGUUUGUUGGCCAAGUGCUUGGCUUGCCACAUCAAUCCUUUUACAAGGGCUGAAUACCAGGCUGAAUACCAUUGACUGGGCCCCAACAGCAAUGAACUUAGCACCACUUAAAUGUAGCUGAUUCUAAUGUUAUUUAUCAAAAUCCUCUGAAGAACCUGGUGUAAAUUUGGGGAAAAAAAGAAAAAAAAAAAAAAAAAAGAAUGAGACUAUGGCAUGUGUAUGAUCAAGCAUGUACUAGCUCCUGAAUCAAAACAUUCAACUAGAUAAUUCAUGUCUACUUCUCAUGUAGGGAGGAAAAAAAAAUGGAUUCCUCUUCCCAAAUCAUCCCCAGAUUCCUUCAGUCUAAUUUUGAAUGUUACUUGAGCUCUUAAAAAGAAGUUAUGAAAAUGAAUACCAAAGAAGAGCUCUUUCAGAGGCCUAGCUGUAGCAAAUGAAAUUAAAGCUUGAAGGAGCAGACCCAGAAUAAAAACCGUUUUUGAAAAGGGCAUAAAUAUCAAUUGCCUUUCAAUAAAAUACAAUUUCCCUGUAAACUGUUUUUCCCUUGGGAAAACAAUGAGUUUAUAUGAGUGAUUUGUUAUCUUGGCAUGAAUUAAAAAUGUUCAUCUUCAAGCAGAUUGGGAAAAAGCAAAUAUUUAGUAUAGAUUUUUCAGCUUUAAAAAACAAAGAUCAAUUCAUAGAGUAAUAUUGUUCUUUAUCUUGCUGAAAAUAUAGGGGGAUGCACACUUUCUUCUUUGUGUGCUGUGUUAUUACUGCAAAUUGACAGCAAGAUUAUGCUCCCUUUGUUUUGAUGUCUACACACGUGAAAACAACUGGGACACUCACUUUUAGUCAUGGCACCUCCAAAUCAUCGUUAUCAAACAGGAUUUUUGUAUUUUAAGUAACAAAGUUCACGCAUGAGAUAAAAAUGGCACAGCUAUUACAGCAGUAAACUUAUUCAUGAGGUGUUUUUCAUUUUUAUUACACAGCAGUUAGUGGAUUGGGCCACAGAGAUUGGUAGUUUCUUGUAAGAAAUAUGGUCACAGGGCGUAUCGCUGGCAGUGGGAAGCCAACACUGAACCCAGAGCUGGGGAAACCUGCAGUGGAGGAGGAAGCAGUCGUCCCCAGUGCAUGCUAUGCAGUGUAAAGGGGCUUUCAUCUCAACAGUAAAAACCCAUAUAGUGUUUUAUCUGUUGAAACUGCCAGAAAAACCUUACAUUAAUUUAUUAACAACCACGUUAGUAAUACUUGAUGAAAGGAAAAGGGGCAGAAAUUCCCACAUUGUUAGUACUUUUAUCAUUCACUUGAACAAAGGUAAUAAUGUUUUGAUUUGUUAUUAUUACAGCACCAUUUUCAACAUCUUCAAUAGCGACAGAAUGAUCAUGGUACACUGACAGGAUGCACUCAGCCUUAUUUCCUUGAAAGGAUUUAGCACCACCCUCUUUGGUCAGCAGUCCUAUAAAAGGGGAGUGAUUUCCCAGGACCCCAAAUGGCUGUUCUUGUGAAAUUUUUCCCCGAUAUAAAAAUAAACAGCGGAACAACCUACAGGUGUUUGGUUGGUUGGUUUUUGUUCUAUGAGGGGACAGUUAUAGGUAUAAUGAAGAGCUUUUUACUGAUGACUGAAGAAUGUAAAUAAAGUAUAGGACCUAAUGUAUGUAAGUGGCAUGGAAAUUCUCUAUUUGUACUAUAGCUUUUAGUAAUAUAUUUGAAAAGUAAUAUAUUCUCUAACACUGCCAGGAGCAGACCUACAUGCAAUUUGUACUUAUUUUUCCUUAACGCUGACCGUGGGCUGUACUACAUCAGUAUAGUGACAGGGCAUCUUGUCCUUCUUCCUUGCUCUUGCAUUGCAAGGCCCACUUCUGUGCUGUCUCGUAGCUUCAGAUGUCACUGAAUUUAAAGUAUUCAGCAUCUUUAUUCACGUUCAAUUUUACUUUAUCAUUGGAAUCAAGAAUAAAAUUUACAGCCUAACCUCUGGGACAGUAGGACAGCUACCAAAUAAAUUUAAGGCCUAAAACCUUCAAAAUUCUAGACAUGUCCAUUUGCAUGCUGUAAGUAGCCCUUGCAGGAGAAGUCUCCCUCAAGAGAGGAUUUGUGCAGGCUGUGCUGCAGGGUGCUUCCCUGCCUUUCCUUCACAGCUACCAGCUCCCAGCAUUUCCAGUCACCGAGUCAGCGGUCCUCUUCGGGUUUCUUUGUCCGUACAUUAACUCCCACUGCUUGUGUGCUUAUGAUACAAAGUACUGCCGCUUGUCUGACUGACAAGCCUGAUAUUCAGGUGGCCAAAGGUGAACAUAAAGAACAGCCAGCCACAGGUCAGGCAGAGACAGCGGUUCCCUUCUCCCACUAAGCUCCAUGAUAAAUCCUUUUCUUUUAGUUUCAAGUCCUCUGGUGUUUUCCCAUGAAUUAACACCUCGACCACUUGCAUGUUGUUGCCUAUGAAGGAUGAAUGGCUUGGCAGUAGGAGUAGUGGUCAGCACUUGUUCUGGGACUAUUAGCAGUGCAAGCAGGACCAGAAGCCUCUGAUCCCUGCAGAGUUCCAAAGACCAGAAGCCAUCUGAAGUGAAGCUUUCUGCCUCUGAUUCACACUAAAAUGUCUCCAAAGGUUAAGACCCCUAGCGUACACUACAUUAAAUAACAUAAUGCAAAUAAUGCCAAAGCUUAUAAAACAAUCAAAAGAGUUAUAUGGCAAACACUGUUUUAAGUACAUCUCGUUUUGAUGUGGAUAGAAUAAGCUCUUAGUUGUGUAAAUAUUUGGAAAGUAAGAAUACGCAUAAGAGUACAAGAAUACAACAAGAAUGCAAAUAACAAUUAAUAUGCCAAAAGGUCUAAAAUAGGUAGGACGUUUCACUGGCUAUGGCACAGCUUUUUCCACAGGAGAGGAGGAAUGGAUUUUGAGUCAUGGUAGGACAACAUCUGAGAAGCUUACCUCAGUUUCAUUUCUCUCUGAGAUCUCUCAUAUGUAAGUGAAAUUUUAGUCAUCUGCACUAGAUCAUUUUGGAGGUUUCUGAGGAUUUGGGUCAUGGUUUGAAAUGAGCUGUUACUCACAAUUUAGCUGGAGCAAUUCAAGUGGAAAUGCCACUGUCCAUAAGGAUAAUUUCUGAACAGUAUUAAAGCAGUUUGAUUCCAACUAACUUCAUUUUUUAUACUUCAUUUCAUGUUAUCCUUGAUUAUUGCAUAGGUGAAUUUGCUUCCAAACUCUUCUUAGAGUUGUCAUCAUAAAUCGGGUUUUAGCAAAGUAGCUGGUUCUGAUCCUUUAACUUCAGUUCUGACCUUGGUCUGAAGUGUUCCUGUUACAGAACGGAGCUGGGUCUUGCAGUCCAAAAUUAUGUAUGUGUACAAGCAAAAAUCUCCAUCUCAUUCUGCAGCAACUGUUUGCAUUAGCAUCCAAGCACAGAUGGUGUGAGAGGGCUGCCAUGUUGAUCUUCUUGUAUUAUUGGUUUUGUUUAUAUUUUAAAUAUAGAUUCUAUGCUGUUUGUCUGUAUUUUAUAUAGUGAAACAGUGAAGAUAAGUCAGCCUGUCUGCAUUUUCAUCUCAGCUAACUAUGGCAGCUUUUCUCCCAAAGCCGCUCAGGAGACUAACUCUUUGAAAUUCUGACCUCAGAGAGAAUUGAUACCCCAGCAGGUGAGGAUUAUUCUGAGCAGGUUUUGUCUAUGUGUAUGAUUAUCUAGACUUUCUUUCAUCUUAAUAAACUUACUUUCUUCCAAGUAAAGCGCUAAAAAAAAAUUUAAAUACUAUAAACAGUGAAGCAAAGCUAAGGCAAGAGAUGUUCUCUGUCUCCUCUGCAGAGGGGACAGGGGUUAAGUAAGGGCUCACUACCAGAAACCUUUCCACUAGUAUGGUAAUAUUUUCACACGUUGUUAAUGCCAAAAUGGCUCUGUAGGGUUUGGUCACAUGCAUUUGCAGACUGUGCCAUGCAUGUAAACUGGUAGCCUGUUCUAAAUUGUCAAUGGUCUGUAGCAUCUCAGAAAGGACUUUCCCAUUAUGAUCCUCGCUAAGGACAGCAUGCAACUUGCAGUUCAGUUUCAUUUGACUAAUAGACAUUUCUGGUGAAGAGGCAGCAGUGACACCCUAUUGCUGGCUGUCACACAAAGCCCCACAUCGCUUGCUGGCAAGACAAUCCUCCCCUCAGGCUUGCUGGCAGUGCUCUGUGCUGAGACGAGAGCACGCUCGCAUCCUGCAAGCUUCACCCCUUGGUCAGGCAAGGAAUAAACACUGCAUUUCACAGUAGAGGAGGCUUCCUAAGCUAAAUGUGAGCAUCUGUCCCAGGACUGAGAAAAAAGGG